AUGGCUGAAAAGAAGGAGCCGGAUGCUCGGCUUCUAUGGGUCGAGAAGAGGGUGUUUGCUGCAUUUGGCCUGAAGCGGCAUGUCUGGGAGAAGUUCAAGAGAGCCUUUGAAACUGAGGAGAAUUCCUUGAAAGCCGUCAACAAUUUUUUAGACGACUCGGACACGCUUUUCAUCCUUUUCCAGACUGGGAACACCCCCGAGGUUGUCGUCGCCUCUGUCCAUGAUGUUCCCCAGCCGUCUCAAAUGGCUAAACGGAAAAGCCUGCUCAUGCUCAAGGCUGAAAGAAACGUUGUCAUCACAAGUGAAAAUGUUCAAACGUCGAUUCUCUGUCUGGAGGUGACAUCCGCCAUCAUGGAGAUGCUCCAUGAGCUAUGCGGCGGGGUCUAUCUCAGUACAUUGUCAAACCCCGCUAACCAAGUGGGCUUGUCCCAAUUUGUAACGAAAGACAUACUCGAAAAAUACAGCAGGUUCCUGGCAAAACUGCAUGCGACGCUCGGGGUAAUGAGCGGUCGCACCCUCCUGCCGACACCGCCCGAAGGCUUAUCAGGCGAGAGCUCGAAUUCAGAGAAACUGCAUCUCUAUGAAGAUUCCGUAAUCAUGUGGACCAAGCAAAUCCGUCUGGUUCUGGAGAAGAACCCUGCACAGUCUCUGAACGAUGGACAGAACCCCGAGCCUGCAGAAGAAAUGGAAUUUUGGGAACACCGGGCCGCAAACCUGGACUCCAUCAGCGAGCAGCUGGGGGAUGACGCAGUUCUUCAUGUGCAAGAGUUUCUACACCAAAACAAAAGUACAUACUCCACGCCCUUUGAAAAGCUCCGCAAUGAAGUUGAAGUGGAACGGAAAGAGGCAAGAGAUAACGUCAAGUUCUUGUCGACGCUCAAGCCAUGGCUGAUGCGGCUGAUGGACGAGACGAUUGAGUUCACGAGUCUGGAUAAUCUCUUCGAGCCGAUCUUGCAGAACAUCUUGCUGAUAUGGGAAUACUCAGAGUACUACAAUACGCCUGCGCGCCUUGUGGUCCUGAUGAGGCAGAUCUGCAAUGCCAUUAUUGCUCAAGCUUUUCGAUACAUCAGCGGACAAGAGGUCUUCAAGCACAUUCAAAACGACGAUCCUAAAGAAGCCCUUUGCAAACUUGGGACCGCGCUCACAGUUUGUAAUAAUUUCAAGAAGGUCUACCUGAAGUACCGCAGCCAGGCGGAACGGGAAGGAUGCCCGUGGCAAACCAAGAAUGAGGCCCUCUUUCUGCGCCUAGACACAUAUCGAGAGCGAAACAAGGCUCUCCAAGACUUCACAAAAACCGUUAUGCAGUUCAACAAGCUGGAAAAGAUUGAAAUUUGUGGAACGAAGGGAAGUGCGCUCACAACCUAUGUUCUGACUCUGUUUGAAGAGUUCAAGCGCCUUGUUGAGGACUUCCAGCAGGUGGAUUACGACGUCAUGGACGUCGACUGCGCGCAGCUCGACGACCACUUCUACAGGUUUCGCUGUAGCGUGAAGGAGUUGGAGCAGAGGCUGGCGUCCGUGCUCACGGCAGGCUUCGACGACAGUAACACCAUUUUGGGCCGCAUCAAGCUGUUCGAGUCGUUCGGAAGUCUCCUCGAGCGCCCCAUCAUCAAAGACGAGUUGGAGAAGAAACACGCGCUCCUUCUUCAGCAGUACAAGCAGGACGUCAAAGAAGUCCAAAAGCUCUUCAGAGACGGCUCUACAGCCAUUCACCAACAAGCCGAGGAUGCGCCGUGCUUCGCCAAUCAGCCGCCAGUCGCUGGCGCCCUCUUCUGGGCGCGUGCGCUUCGGGAGCGCGCAGAGGAGCCGAUGCAACGCCUCCUUGUCUUCAGCAAAAGCGUCCAAGAGAAACCCGACGAGUUCAAAGAGGUGGAAAAGCAAUACCACUGCGUCGCAAGUGCCAUCCAGGACUACGAGGAAGAGAUGCGCACUGCGUGGGGUGCGACGUCAGUAGCCCCAACCAGAGAGAAGCUAGCCGACCUGCUUCUUCGCCGCACGGAAAACGGGCUGCUCAAAGUCAAUUUCGAUCCCGCCCUCACGCGACUGAUGCGCGAGGUGAAGUACCUCGAGCUGCAGGAUCUUGCGGUGCCUGAGGGGGCGCGCGAAGUCUACGCCAAGUUCAACACCUACAGACGGCAGACUGACAGCAUGGAAAUGAUUGUCUCCAUGUACAACCAAAUUUUGACCGACCUCCUGCCCAACGAGCGUCCGCUGCUCGCGGAUCGCAUCGCCAAAAUCAACGCGAUCCUUGCGCCUGGGCUCACGUCCCUUCGCUGGCACUCCUCGGAAGAAGUCGAUGAGUUCCUCAGCCAGGCGACCAGCGUCGUCACUGAAGUGUACGGAAUCUGUCACACUAUGAAGGCCAACCUCCAGAAGAUCAUCGGCGUGCUGGCGAGCUGGGCGGAGAAGCCGUUGUUUGAGCGCAAACCGAAGCCGAUGUCUCCGGACGACAUCGACCAGAUGCUGCGCGCCAGCAUCGCGAUUCGCCACCACCAGAUGAGCGAGGAAGGGAAAGAAAUCCACAAACUCCUGCGCGACUCUGCGGAUGCACUCAAGACCAGCAAAGGUGCGCCACAGUGGCGGCUGCACGGAGGCUUUGUCAACUCCAUCGUGAUUCAGGGGUUCGCAGCUCUCAUCGUCAUCUCUCUCAAGCAUCUCUGCAAGACGCUCGAGGCAGCGAUGCAUCCGAAGCCCGAUGUGGCUCCGCUGUUUGAAGUGAAACUCGAACUCGUCGACAACUCCAUCGACUUUGUUCCCUCCUUUGAUCACGAAAAACACGGAGGCAGUCCAGGAAUUCGCGAUCUCAUUGACCAGUGGAUUGGCGAUUUCUUCAAGUGCGCGACCACUGUGGCGCGACUAGACACCGGGACUGGCGACUACCUGAACGAGGUCAAGAGCAAUUUCCUCGUAAUGGCUGUUCGAUCGCGCCUCACGAAGCUUAUUGGCGCAACACGCCAAAAGCUGAACGAGUACCUCCUCACAUUCGAAGAGUACUCGUUUCUGUGGAAGCGGGACAUUCACGAUGUCUUGGAGGAGUUCCUGUCGGACGAGCCUAGAGGGCUCGUCGAAAACUGGAACGACUCCGAAAGCGAGCCCUUCCACCAGAUCAUGGAAGUCAUCGGCAUCGACCUCGGGAGACCGAUACCGGCUCUGUCCCGGUUCGACGAGAAGAUCACCUACUUCCAGAGAGUGCGCACAGAAAUCUCGAACUUCAAGACGCCGUGCGACAUAUUUUGGAUUCGCAUCAACGCGCAGCCGACAAAGAUUCAGCUGAGCCAGUUGGCCGCGAAAUGGGCAAACCAGUACACCAGCUUCCUCCACGACUUUUGUGUCGCGCGCAUCGAUGGAAUCACCGGUUUCAUCAACAAAAUGCUCGGCUACCUCGAUGCAGACAUCCCUGCCGAAGACGACGAGAAUACAGAAGCGCUCUACAACGUCAUGACCAAUAUCCGCGACGUGAAAAUCGCCAUAGACGCCAUCAAAACGCUUUUCGUCCCCAUUCGAGAGCAGGUGGCGUUGCUGAAGAAGCAUGGAUGCUUGAUCGCGGAGGAGCGUUUGGUGGCGCUGGAGGCGGCGCCGGCUAAGUGGGAAGAAGUGAUUCGCAAGGCGUUUGAAAUCAAGGAGGCGAUCCUGCCGAUGCAGAUGCAGGAAAUGACAAACAUCAAGCAGACGCUGUCGACGUUCAGCGAUGACGUGCAGAACUUCCGCGACGCCUUCCUCCGCGACGCGCCGUUUCGCCACGACUUCCCUCGCGCGGACGUCUACAAGUGCCUUGAUGAAUUCUAUAAAAAGACGCUGCUCAUGGAAAGCAAAGCGAAGGACUUCAACAACCUCGAGAUGCUCUUCGACAUGGCGCGCUCUGGCUAUAGACAGCUCAAAGACACCUUCGUUGAUCUACGCCUCCUGAAGCAAAUCUGGGACGUGAUUGACUUCUGGACCUUCUCGUUCGACGACUGGAAAUCCACACUGUGGGGAAAGAUCGUCACCGACGAGUUGCUCCUUCGCGUGAAGGACAUGCAGCAGCAGCUCAAGGCGCUGCCGAAGGAAAUAAAGUCCAUGCGCCUCUUCUCGCACGAGAGUGAACGCUGCGCAGCAGCUCUUGGCCCCGAGUUUUGUCUGGAGGACCUGCUCAAGCUGCGGCUGCAUGAACACGCGGACGGCGUGUCAGACAUCGUCGUCUUGGCGCAGAAGGAAGCGAAGAUCGACAAGAAGCUCCAGGAGAUCACCAGCGUGUGGAGGCAGCUUGCGCUGCAGUUCAACCUCGAGCGCGAGGAUGUCCCUCUGCUGGAGCCCCUGGACGACGUGAUUGAAGUGUUGGAGCAGCAUGCCAUGGACCUGAUGACAAUGGUAGCCCAGGGGAACGUCAUCGACUUCUGCCGCACCGCCGUCGAGGAGUGGCAAGACAAACUCCGGACUGUGGACUCAGUCCUCAAAGUCUGGAUGGAGCUGCAGAAGAAAUGGCGACGCCUCCAACCAAUCUUCAUGCUGUCCGAAGACAUCCGCUCGCAGCUGCCGGAGGACUCCAAGCGCUUCGAGGCUGCCGACGGCGAGUGGCGCGACUUGAUGUUCUGCGCAGCGCACCAGCCCAACAUCGUCGAGACUUGUCACCACGAAGGUCGCUUCGAGCUCCUUGUGAAGCUCCGCGACAUGAUUGAGGUCUGCGAGAAAGCGCUCAGCGAUUACUUGGAGCAGAAGAAGAAGGCGUUUGCGCGGUUUUACUUCGUCUCGAACCAGGCGCUGUUGGAUAUUCUGGCCAACGGAAAUGACCCGCUCAAAGUUUGCUACUACCUGGGGGACUGCUUCGACGGCAUCAAGACACUGGAUUUUCAAAAAGAUCCUGUGCAUGCGCGCCUUGCCUGCGGCAUGUACUCCAAGGAAGACGAAUACGUCCCCUUUGGCGAGACGUAUCGCCUCGAGGGACCCGUCGAAACGUAUCUAGCAAACCUCGAGACGCACGUCCGCAAGCAGCUCCGCGACAUUCUCGAGGUGGCGAAGGCGAACGCGGAGAACUGGGAGGUUGACAAGCCGCGCGAAGAGUGGCUCAGGGACUACUGCGCGCAGAUUGCGCUGGUCGCCAGUCAAAUCAUCUGGACUGACGAGGUUUCGCGCUGCUUCGAGGAGCUCGAGGGAGGCUCUGAGAACGCGAUGAAAGACUACAAACGCGUGUACGACGACCGAAUCGAAAAACUGAUUCGGCAAGUUCAGCAGGAUCUGACGUGUGACUUGCGCGUGAAAAUUAUCACGCUCAUCACUAUCGACGUCCACGCGCGCGAUGUCGUCGAGUCCUUCAUCAACAAGAAGCUCACAGAAGCGAGUUCCUUCCAGUGGCAGUCGCAGCUCCGCUUCUACUGGGCGCAGAAGCCUGGCGAGGAGACAAAGACCUGUAUCGUGCGCAUGUGCGACUGGUCGACGACAUACAUGUACGAGUACGUGGGCAACUGCGGCAGACUGGUUAUCACGCCGCUCACCGACAGGUGCUACAUCACCCUCACCCAGGCGCUCAACUUGAUGAUGGGCGGCGCGCCCGCCGGUCCUGCAGGAACCGGCAAGACGGAAACGACGAAGGAUUUGAGUCGGGCGAUCGGGCUGCCGGUCUUUGUGUUCAACUGCUCGGACCAGAUGAACUACCUCUCGAUGGCGCAGAUCUUCAUGGGCCUUGCGCAGUCGGGCGCCUGGGGCUGCUUCGACGAGUUCAAUCGCAUCUCAAUCGAAGUGCUUUCCGUCGUCUCCACGCAGGUGAAGUCGGUCCUCGACGCCAUCAAGGAGGGCAAGAAACGGUUUCAGUUCAUGGACGAAGAAAUCAACCUCAUCCCUACUUGCGGCUUCUUCAUCACCAUGAACCCAGGCUACGCCGGACGCACAGAGCUUCCAGAAAACUUGAAGGCUCUCUUCAGGUCGUGUGCGAUGAUUGUGCCAGACGUGCGUUUCAUCUGCGAAAACAUGCUCAUGUCUGAGGGCUUCAUCAACGCGCGGGCGCUCGCGCACAAGUUCGUCACGCUCUACUCACUCUGCAACGCGCUGCUCUCCAAAGCGAUGCACUACGACUGGGGCCUACGCGCUGUCAAAGCCGUCCUUCGACAAGCCGGCGCCCUGAAGCGCGCCGACACCGCGAUCGACGAAGACGUGCUUCUCAUGCGCGCGCUCAGAGACUUUAACAUCGCCAAAAUCACCACAGACGACAAGCCGAUCUUCCUUCGCCUAAUCGAAGACCUCUUUCCGGGCAUUCAGGCGCCUUCGAAGCGCGACGCGGACUUCUGGAAAGUUGUCACGAAGGUGACAAAGCAGCAGAAGCUUCAGGCCGAAGAGCAGUUUGUCCUCAAGUGCGUGCAACUGCGCGAAAUCCUCUCGGUGCGGCACUGUCUCUUCGUGCUCGGACCGCCGGGCUGCAGCAAGUCGUGCGUGUGGAAGACUCUGAACAAGGCGCUGGUGUCGAUCGGCGAAGACGCCGUGUUUGAGGCUCUCAACCCCAAAGCGAUCUCGGCCAACGAGCUCUACGGACACAUGACUGCGACAAAGGAGUGGAGAGACGGCGCGAUCGCGGUGAUCAUGCGAAACAUGUCAAAGGAGCGCGGGCGCUUCAAGGCUUCGCACCGCCACAAGUGGAUCGUGCUCGACGGCAACAUCGACGCAGAGUGGAUCGAGUCGAUGAACACAGUCAUGGACGACAACAAGGUUUUGACACUCGUCAGCAACGAGCGCAUUCCGUUCACAAGCACCAUGCGCAUGCUGUUCGAAGUCGCGGACAUGAAACACGCCAGCCCCGCCACCGUCUCCCGCGGCGGCGUCCUCUUCAUCAAUGAAUCUGACGUCGGCUGGAAGCCGUUCCUCGAAUCCUGGCGCGAGACACUUCCAGAUCAUAUUGCGCAGUCUCAGUUCUACCUUCUCUUCUCCUACUACUUUGAACAGAAUCUCGAAACUUUCCAUAAGAGCUUCAAAUUCAUAUGCCCGAUGAGCGACAUCGGCUUCGUCGAAAGCAUCUGUUGCUUCAUCGACGCCAUGCUCUAUAACAACACAAAGGAGAACACGGAGCUGCUCAAGAACAAGUCGCCCGACGAACAGAAAUUCAUCUACGAAGCCUACUUCAUCGUCGCCCUCAUGUGGACUAUCGGCGGAUGCCUCGCAGACGACAAACUCGUCAACUAUAGGAAUCAGUUCAACAGCUGGUUGCGGAGUGCGUCUAAGAUAAAAUUCCCUGAAGGCGGCCUCUGCUUCGAUUACAAAUUCGAUGAGGUUUCGGGCCAGUGGACGCCCUGGGCGCAGGAGCUCCUCCCCUUCGAACCUGCGGCGGAUACACUCUUCACGAACAUCAUCGUAUCAACAGUUGAUACCGUGCGCAUGAAGUUUGUGGCGGAUCUCCACGUGCGGCGCCGCAAGCCCCUCCUCUUUGUCGGAACGACUGGAACGGGAAAAACCACUGUUGUUAAGGACUACCUCCGUGGCCUUCCCGAGGAGAUCUUGUCGGCGACCAUAAACUUGAACUCUUACACAGACUCGAAGAGACUCCAGGGAAUCAUCGAGAGCCACAUCGAAAAACGGACAGGGCACUCGUACGGCCCUGCGGGUAACAAACGCAUAAUUUUCUAUAUCGAUGACUUCAACAUGCCUUUCGUGGACAAGUACGACACGCAGCCUCCGCUGGAGCUGUUGCGGCAGCUGGUUGACUACGGCUCAAUGUUUGACCGGGAGCGUCUGGACGAGCGGAAGCACAUCGUUGACGUUCAGUACGUGGCGAGCAUGAAUCCUACGGCGGCGACGUUUCACAUCAGCUCGCGGCUGCAGCGGCACUUCUCGGUUCUGGCCUGCUUUCCCCCGGAGUCGGAGACCAUCACGCGGAUUUACGGAUCGAUUCUGCGCCAUCACCUGCUGCCCUUCGACACCGCCGUGCAGAAUCUCGAGGCGCCGGUUUUGCAGGCGACGAUUGACAUGUUUCAGACGAUCCACGGCAGCCCGAGCUUCGUGCACUCCGCCAAGAAGUUCCACUACACCUUCAGUCUCCGCGACCUCUCGCUGAUCUUCCAGGGCGUCCUCCAGUCCAGGCCCGCGAUGUACAGAGCCGUCAGCGCCGGCACUACCAAAUUCGCGCGCCUCUGGAUGCACGAAUCCUGCCGUGUGAUCCGCGACCGCCUCGUGAACUCCGAGGACGCCAAAGCCUUCGACGAGAUUCUCGGAAAAACCGCAAAAAAAUUUUUCCCAGACGAAAACAGCGAUGCCCUCUUCAAGACUCCCAAUGUGAUGACGUCAUUCGUAUCCGAAAGUGGCGGAAACGAUCGGGUCUAUUUGCCGAUCAAAAACAUGGAGCAGCUCAAGCAGGUGUUGGACGAGAAGCUGCAGGAGUACUCGAAAACCUACGUGGACUUGCCGCUGGUGCUAUUCGACGACGCGAUGGAGCACGUCGCGCGCAUGUGCCGCGUGAUCGACCAGCCCGGCGGCAACGCGCUGCUCGUCGGCGUUGGCGGUUCGGGCAAGCAGAGCCUCUCGCGCCUCGCCGCCUUCAUCUCCAAGAUGGAAAUCUUCCAAGUCACCGUCAACCAGCACUACGACCGAAUCGCCUUCAAGACCGACCUCCAGGAGUUGCUGAACAAAGCGGCUGUGCGGCCGGGCACGCCACAUGCGUUCCUGCUGACAGACCAGCAGAUCAUCGACGAGGGUUUCCUCGUCUUCAUCAACGACUUGCUCGCGUCAGGCAACAUCCCUGACCUUUUUACAAGAGAGGAGAUGGACACGAUUUUCUCGACGCUGCGGAAGCAGGCGAAGGCCGCAAACGUCGCCGACACGCGCGAGGCGCUGAAUCAGUUCUUCACCGACAAACUGCGCCGCAACCUUCACGUCAUCAUCUGUCACUCGCCAGUGGGCGAGACCCUCCGGUCGCGCGCACGCAAGUUUCCUGCCAUCGUCUCUGGCGCGGUCAUGGAUCAAUUCCAUCCUUGGCCGCGCGACGCCCUGGUGCACGUCGCCCUUCGGUUCAUCCGAGAUUUGGAGCUGCCUUCUGAGGAGAUGCAUGCGGUGCUUGCCGAGCACAUGGCGUCGGUUCAUCUGUCGGUAGAUCCGGCGAAUCAGCGCUUCUUCGAGUUGGAACGCCGGCACAACUACACGACCCCCAAGUCGUUUUUGGCGCUGAUUGAGUUUUACAAGAAGUUCCUCUCGAGCAAGCGCGUGGGCAUCGAGAAAAGCAUCGAGCGGCUGCAGCGCGGCCUGACGACGCUGCAGGAGACGCGCGUGAAAGUCGAGGGCCUGCGCGAAGACCUCCAAGAGAAAAUGGUGAAAGUCGACGAACAGAAGGCUGCUGUGGACCUCCUCAUUGACCAAGUCACGAAGGCGGCCGCGGUCGCCGAAGAGGAAUCCAAAGUCGCAAACGAAGAAAACGAGAAAGCAAACGAGGCGGCCGAGGAAGCUAGUGCUAUCCAGAAAAAGGCAGACGAAGAACUCUCUGAGGCCAUGCCCGCGAUGGAGCGCGCCAGAGAGGCCGUCAAGUGCCUCACCAAACCCGCCAUUCAGGAGCUGAAGGCGCUCGGGAAGCCGCCAGCCGAGUGCAUGGAGGUGACCAAGGCAGUGCUCAUCAUGCGCGGCGAACUGAAAAACACCGACUGGAAGGCCUCGCAGAAAAUGAUGAACGACCCCGGCAAGUUCCUUGACCAGGUCCGAGCGUUUGACGCAGAGAACAUGACUCAGGAGACUGUUGCCCUGAUUGAGCCGAUCAUUUCUCAGCCGUUCUUUAACUUCGACGUCAUGAAAGGGAAGUCGCUCGCCGCGGCUUACCUGGCCAACUGGGUUGUAAACAUCGUUACGUACAACAACAUCUAUCGAAAAGUGAAGCCGCUCAUGGACGCCUUCGCACAGGCUACAGAAAGCAAACAAAAGGCGGAAGCAGCUCUCGCAGUCGUCCAGGAACGAGUCAAAGAGCUGAACGACCGCCUCGCGAAGUUGAACGGCAAGAUGCAGGAGGCCGACGAGGAGAAGGGGCGCGUGCUGGCUGAGGCGCAAGCUUGUCAGCUCAAGCUUGACUUGGCUGAGCGCCUCGUGAAUGGGCUCGCCGACGAAAACACGCGCUGGACUACCAGCGUCGAGCAACUUGAAGACUCGAAAGUCACCGUCAUUGGAGACGCCCUCCUUGCCUCAGCCUUCGUUUCCUACGUCGGCGCCUUCACCUCACCCUUUCGCGUCUCACUCAUCGAGGAGACCUGGAAGGUUGACCUGAAGCAAAAGGUGAUUCCCUUCACAGAGCAGGUGACGCCGCUUGAGGUUCUGGCGGACGAAGCGGACAUGGCGAGAUGGAAAAACGACGGCUUGCCUGCGGAUCGCACGUCAAUUGAAAACGCUGCAAUUGUGACCUCUUGCUCACGCUGGCCGCUGCUGAUCGAUCCGCAGCUGCAGGGCGUGAAGUGGAUAAAGCAGAAGGAGCGCGACAGCCUGGUGACGGUUCAGAUGACGCGUGACAAGUGGCUGGCGAAGGUGUUGGAGGCGAUGCGCAACGGGGAGUUCCUGCUCAUCGAGGCAAUAGGCGAAGAAAUCGACGCAAUCCUCGACCCGCUCCUCUCCCGCGCAGUAGUGAAAAAGGGUCGCACGUUGCUGCUGAAGAUCGCGGGCGAAGACGUCGAGCUGCUGCCGUCCUUCAUGCUGGUGCUUCAGACGAAGCUCGCGAAUCCGCACUACAAGCCUGAGAUCGCGGCACAGUGCACUGUGGUGAACUUCACGGGGACGCCGGAAGGGCUCGAAGAGCAGAUCCUCGCGCUGAUUGUGAACGCGGAGCAACCCGAGCUGGAGCACACCAAGCGCGAGCUGGUGCGGAAGCAGAACGAAUUCAAAGUGACCCUCGCGCAGCUCGAAGACGCCCUCCUCGUCCAGCUGUCGAACGCCGAUCCCGCCACCAUCCUCUCCAACACCGAGCUCGUCGAAGGCCUCGAAACCACCAAACAAACCGCCACCGAGAUCCAAGAACAGGCUGUCGCGGCGAAAAAGACCGAGGCGCAGAUCAACGAGAGUCGCGAGACAUACCGCGACGCGGCUGCAGAGGCCGCAAUGCUCUACUUUCUCCUCACGCAGCUGUGGAACAUCAACCCCAUGUACCAGUAUUCCCUCGACUCCUUCGUCACCUUCCUUUACAAGGCGAUCGACAAGGCUGAAGCGCGUGCGAGUUACGCGGAGCGCUGUGUGGCGUUGGUGCAGUCGAUACGAAAGACAAUCUUCACGUGGGUCGCGCGCGGGUUGUUUGAGCGGCACAAGCUGACGUUUGUGGCGCUGCUGACCUUCCGGCUGCUCCAGCGCGGCGUGCUGAACGACGCGUACGACCCUGAGUGCUUCAACUUUCUGCUGCGCGGCCCCUCUAAAGUCGUCGCGGAGACUCCCCUCACAGAGUGGCUGCCCAAUUCGGCCUGGUAUGCGGUGCAGAAGCUGAUCGAGCUGCCGGGUUUUGAGGCCUUCGCAACCAACAUGGAGCGCGACGCGCCCUCGAGGUUCCGCGAGUGGUUUCAGGAGCUCCAACCCGAAGCCGUCAGGCUGCCGCUCGACUGGAAGCGCCUUGACUCGCAGCCCUUCAAGAAACUCCUCGUGCUCCGCUGCCUGCGCCCUGACCGCAUGACGACGGCGAUCGCGGAGUACAUCAAAGCUAUUCUGCCAAGCGGCUCGGAGUUCAUCGACGGGGACGCCGCGCUGUCGUUCAAAGACAUCCUCGAGUCGUCCUUCAAAGACUCGGCGAACACGACGCCGAUCUUCUUCAUUCUCUCGCCUGGAGCCGACCCCGUCAAAGAGGUGGAGGCUCUCGGCCGGAAGCUCGGCUACACUGCGAACUUCAACUUCCACAACAUCGCCAUGGGUCAGGGUCAAGACACAGUGGCGAUGCAGAAGCUCGACUUUGCGCAGAAAGAGGGGCACUGGGUGAUGCUGCAAAACAUCCAUUUGAUGCCGAGGUGGACAGUGGAGCUCGAGAAGAAGCUCGACGCGUUCGCAGCUGAAGGCUCCCACCCCAACUUCCGCUGCUUUCUCUCGUCAGACCCCUGUACGUACAUCCCGAUCGGAAUCCUGGAGCGCGCGAUCAAACUGACAAACGAGCCGCCGCAGGGACUCAAAGCGAACUUCAAACGCGCCUUUGCCUUCUUCUCUAGAGACGACUUCGACGAACGAGACCAGAAGAUCAGAGCGACGCUCUUUGGCCUCUGCUUCUUCCACGCGGUCAUGCUGGAGCGGAAGAAGUUCGGCUCGCGCGGAUGGAACAUGACCUACCCGUUUUCGAUUGGUGACUUGCGCGACUCCGCGCUCGUUCUCUUCAACUACAUCGAGGCGCAGAACGCAGUCAAAGUGCCUUGGGAUGACUUGAAGUACAUCUUUGGCGAAAUCAUGUACGGGGGCCACAUCAUCGACGUCCGCGACCGGCUCCUCUGCACCACAUAUCUCGACUUCUUCAUGCAAGACCGACUGUUAGAUGAAGCUGAGUUAUUUCCCUUUUGCGAAGGCCACGACGGAGUCUCCUUCAAAACACCUCCGCCCCAGGGCUACGAGCGGUACCUGGAGAGCAUCGAGGCGAUGCCUCAGGAGACGCCUCUCGCCUUCGGACUGCAUCCGAACGCCGAGAUCGGCUAUCGCACACAGCAAUGCAACGACCUCUUCACCACGCUGCUGCAGAUGCAACCUCGCAACGCCUCCACAGAAGGCGGCGCCGGAAACCAAGGUGUUCAGUCGCAGGCUGAGCAGGUUUGCCGCGAUAUCCUCGAGGAGCUCGGUGACUGUCGAAUCGACAUCGAAGAAGUCUCCCAGUCCAUUCCGGACGAAGAAAAGGGACCUUACCAGCACGUAUUCCUCCAGGAAUGCCAAUGCAUGAAUGUUUUGAUCACCGAAGUGAUCCGCUCGCUGAAUGAACUCGAAAUGGGCUUCAAGGGCGAGUUGACCACGUCGGCGGUGAUGGAAGACCUUGCAGAGAACCUCGUGCUAGACCGCGUCCCGCCCACGUGGACGAAGCUCGCGUUCCCUUCGACUCGCCCGCUGGGGUCGUGGCUGGGCAACUUGAAGGAGCGGCUAGAGCAUUUGCAGGACUGGACGAAGGACCCGCUGAGUGUGCCGAAAGUUGUGGAUCUUUCGAAGCUCUUCAACCCGCAGUCCUUCCUCACGGCGAUCAAGGAAGUCGCUUCGCAGCAGCACCAGCUCGAGCUGAACAAACUGACCAUCCUCACGACAGUCACCAAGAAGGACGUCGCCUCCGUCGAGGCCGCGGCGCGAGACGGGGCGUUUGUGACCGGCCUUUACCUCGACGGCGCGCGAUGGGAUGCGGCCGCAAACUGCCUCGAAGUCUCCAGGCCGAAAGAGCUUUUCUGUGCGCUGCCGGUGAUCCACUGCAAGGCGGCGGUGGAGUCUCAGAAGGAGGACAGCUCGACGUACAUCUGCCCCGUGUACAGGACGCAGCAGCGAGGCGCUACGUUCAUUUUCAACGCGCAGCUGCGCACCAAGUAUCCUUCAGCGAAGUGGAUCAUGGGAGGCGUCGCCAUGAUCCUCGAUGUCGGCGUGACGCUUUAA